GCUGAGGGCGCUGCGUGGGCGGUUAGCGCUGGGGAUGGAAGUCGCGGCGAGCCAAGUGGCGAGGACGCCGAGGGUUCUGGCUGAGGUGGCAGAUAUCUUGGAACCUGUAGGCCUGCAGGAAGAGACUGAGCUGCCAGCCCGAAUCCUGGCGGAGUUUGUGAGGAAUUCCCGGAAGAAAGACAAGCUGCUCUGUAGCCAGCUUCAGGUUGUAGAUUUCCUACAGAAUUUUCUGGCUCAAGAAGAUACUGACCAGGACCUGAACCCCCUGGUUUCUGAAGCCACAAGCAGACAAAAGGCAGCUGUAGCUAAAGAACAAUGGAAGGAGCUGAAGGCCACCUACCUGGAACAUGUGGAAGCCAUAAGAAGUUCCCUGACCCACUUCCUACCACAGGUGGAAGAGGCCCAAAGGAAGCAUUCAGAGCUCCAGGAGGCCUUUGAACAGCUCCAGGCGAAGAAACAAGUGACCAUGGAAAAGUUCAGAGCAGCUCAGAAGCAGCGACAACUGCUGCAAGAGAAGCAUCUACAGAGUCUGGCAAAGUUUUCUGCAGAGGUAAAGGAGCGUCAGACAGGAACUAAGCAGAAGCUUGAACGGCUCUACCAAGAACUUGCAGCCCUGAAACAGCAGGCAGGGCAGGAACAGGAUAAGCUGCAAAGGAACCAGACCUACCUUCAGCUCCUGUAUACCUUGCAGGGGAAGCUACCGGUCUCUGCCAGCGUAGUUACCACAGAAGAUGCCCUUCCAUCUGGAUCUCCUAAGGGAUGGGCUGUGAAGUCGUGAGUAUAUCCUGGUGUCUGACUAUGAUAUGAAGGAGACAAUCAAUCUCUGGAGUCUUUUUCAGUUAAAAGCGCUGGUUCACUGUGUUGAUCUGUUUGUUUUCAUAUUCUGGUGGAAGGAACUAUGGUCAUUUAAAGGAAUAAUGUCAUGAGAGCUGGGAUAUAAAUGGCUACUAUCUUUACUAGUUGUUUGCCAAAUCCACAUAAGGCAAACAUACUGAGCAUAAUUCAAGGAGGGAAGUGCUUUAUUGUAUUGUGGUUAGGUGCAGGAAUAUAAUUUUCUUUUCAAAUCAGAAGGUUUCCUGAGUCUUUCUUUUGUGCUAAGAGAGUCCUUGCUUUUAACUGGAGGAGCUGUACUGCUGCUUUAAUCCUGUUUUAGGAUGACCUAGUGUUAUAUUCCUGACAUUUUCUGUGCAUUUCUUAUGUUCUAAUAAACAUAAUUGUGCAUCAAUA